ACAUGUCGUCCUCCUCUUCAUCUGAAGAUGAACUUGAAAAGAAAGUGACUAAAGAACAGAAGAAGAAGGAAACCAAGUCAAAGAAAAGGCAGUCAGAAGCCGUUGAAGAAGAGAAACAAGAAGUAAAGAAAGCUAAGAAUGAGGAGGAAGUGUCUGGACGAUUGAAAGACAGCGAUGGAAAUGAGAUGUUUGAGAUCGGAAAUCUUAGAUACGCGACCGUCAGCAAGUUCAAGGGAAAGGAAUAUGUCAACAUCAGAGAAUAUUACAUUGACAGAGAUUCUCAGAAAAUGAUGCCAAGUCGCAAAGGAAUCUCGUUGAGCAAAGCACAAUGGGCAAAUUUGAAAGAUCUCAUUCCAGAGAUUGACAAGAAAUUCUAAUUUCCAACUUCAAUUAUUACAUUUUGCUCCUCCGAAUGAUACUUACAUUUCCAUUACCAGAGUAAUUUCCCACCGGUUUCAUUUUGUUUUGUUGUUAAAUGUUGUUUAGUUAUUUUGAAAACCAUGCUGACCCGAAUGAAAAUGUUUCGUCUCAUC